UUCGAAUCGACGGGCAACCGGCUGUAAUACUGCACAUAUUCUAUACACAUACCUACAUAAUAUAAAGAAUACGUGUCGAAGAGAUCAUAACACAUACCUGCAGCAUCGUGAUGAUUCGGACGAACUACCUGGUCGUUUAUAUUUUAUCCAUUGCAGCCUUGUCACUACUGCCGCCGGUGGUGAUCGGCGUCAGCAACUUGGGUGACGCGCUAGUGCAGGCCAACGCUAAAGGAUUUCCGGCAGAUCUGCUGUACAACGUGGCCGGCCUGGAGGGCCGUUCGGGUAACAACAAGGAAUUACUAGCCAAAGCCCUGGAGUCGCCAAAAGUUCAGGAGGACGCGCGUAAGGCAGCCGUCGAGUAUGCGGUCAAGGACCUGCCGACAAGCCGCGAAAACACAGACGGAUACUGCGCGUACUCGUGGUUGAGAUGGUUGCCGUUUAUGGACUGCGAUCAGCAAUCAGCGGCAGCCACCGAGGUCCGACAGGCCAUUCAGCUGAUCAACACCAAACGGAACUGUAUGCGAUGACCAAGUAUCGAGCACACAAUAGCAUACAUCAUUUUAAUAUUAAUAAUAUAACAAAAAAAAUUUUAGCACAAUUUUUUGUUCAAAAAAAUAGUAUUUAAUUUAU